AACUUAUAAACGUAGUUAUUGACUGUAAUUAAUUGAUAAAGGCUGUGAAACCAUUCACACAAAAAAAAGCCAAAGAAAACCAUUAAUCACUUGAAUUUCCCGAAGACACAAGACAAAUUGUAAAAUAUCCGAUCGCUCAGUAUUCACUCCGUGUAAAAAAAAAACAAAAGGAAAAGAAAUGAAGACGAAAAUUCAGCUUUAUAAAAUUGGACUGAUGUUUAUUGUUGGGAUGACAACCGUAGUACAUUCGUCCAAUUCGACCGACAUCUUUGUGGAACGCCUCAAAGAGAUGAACACCCAUCUACUAUCAGCCCACAUCACCUCUCUUAACUAUCUAACCGAUCAGCAGUCAACCAUUUCCCGAAUAAUUUCAACGCACACCUUAGAUGUGAUUGCUGAAACAUCAAACGCAAUCGUAUACAUGGACGCAUUGGAGAAACAAAGCCACAUAAGGCUGAACCGUAAAACCGAUUUGAAACGACCAUGCUGGUUGUACAAUUUCUAUCAGAUCAAUCACAUGACGGCAGAUAAUCUGUCAGUGUUAUCUAAAUGCGGUAUUGAUAACAUCAACUCAACCAUUGCACUGUCGACCAGAUAUUUUCAUUCAAUGGUCAAUACAAUGCUGUAUGAAUCCGCUCUGGGCACAACGAAUGCACUGCACGCUAUUGGCAUGUACAACCCGAUGAGUGAACAGUGGAAAAUUUCAAGAACGUUGGAAAGUGUUGUGAAAUUUUCAGUCGAUGGAUGGAAUGGCACCAUGAGCAUCGUCGAUGAUGAAGUUAAACAGUAUCGGGAUGGUGUUGAGAGAAAUUUUCAAAAGUUAGAAGAAUGUGAGACCAAUGUGGUGCAGAAGUUUUCGAAUGCGAAAAUUGAAGUUACGACAAGCAAGUGUGUGUAGUGUCGGACAAUAUAAUAUGCAGCACGUUCUACCCUGUGCGACUUUUCUUUGUUAAUUAACUAGAACUAAUAGAAAAUUGCUUUUUAGUCUGAAAUAGCCAUGCCACACAAACAGUUUCGUCUCAGUAAAUAGUUUAAUUCUACCGUACAUAUAUACGCUCAACCUAUGUAGAUUUUUGAUGGGAUUAUAAAUUCAGUCCCUUUAUGCUAAUAAAAUCUGCAUGUCGAAUAAUAUGCACAAAAA